GAACGGCGACUGCUGGCUUGACUGGUCGGAGUUCGUGACCUUUUGCUUAGAGGACGAGCGCAUGACGCACCUCAUGAAGAGACAGACUCGCAUGAACGUCUAUGGAGUUGACUUCUCGGGGGCGUUGACUGUAAAGGACUACCAAGACCCCGUUCAUGGAUGCGAGUGCUCUUUCUCGCCGCCGUUGUUGCCUUGGGAGACCAUGCACGUGGUGGAAUGGCGCAUCACAGGCCUCCAGUACAACGGCUUCGAGAGGGGUGUGCCU